UCUGCCUUUCCUCCUUCAACAUGCUUCGUCUAUCUAUAUUCCCUCAUUUACUUAGCUUUUGGCCGUUACAAAUGUUCUCCAUCGUCCUGCCACCUUCACCUCUCUCCCUCUCUGCAUCCCUUUUUAUAUCUGGUUCUUUUCAUCUGAUACCGCACCCCACCCCUUUCUCUCCCUCCUGCCCCCAGCCGGUGGCGCCCAUACACCGACAAGAGCACAGGUUCUCUUGUUGUCAGUCACUUUACCAGCACACAGACGGCAGCGGCAAGAGGAGCGGAGACGGUAAUCCCCCCUCCCAGUCCACCCCACCCACGUCCAAAACCCAGAAACCGGAGGCAGGAGGGAAACAAAACCUCGCGGGACACCUGUGCUGCUGGACACCCUCUGUUCAGCUUUAUGAAAGAUGAUUUAAGAUCUAAAUUCGCACCCAAACUGUGAAAGAUGAUGGUGAGAAGCGGUGAUGAUGUAGACGCAGAAACCAGCGGCCAAAUCUGCCUGGAUUGACGGUGACUGAGCUCUCGGCCGCAGCGCCAGCAGCAACACCAGCAGCAGCAGCAUCAGUCGAUCGACGGAUGGAGAUGCGUUGUGAAGGCGGAGGGAUGAUGAUAUAGCAGGUGCUGCAGGGUCGUGCCGCAUUGCCUGGCCACCGCGAGCGACGCCGGGGACGCGGUGAUGCUGUCGUCGUCAUUGUGCCACAGAAGAAGAGAGAAGGACGAGAGAGGAGACGCUUUGACAUGGAAGGAAUCGGCUGUCUGUCGGUUCUGAGCUCAGGCCGCCCUGUGCAGCAGGUUGGAUGUACCGCCUGAAGCCUGGGGACCUGAUUCAUGAUAUACAUGGUGGGAAAAUUAGGAUAAGGUUGAAUUCUUGAAAGUGGAAUUGAAAUGUUUCCGUGCGCAAAAGUGAAUGGCCCAAAUGUUGAUAAUGCAUCAUAGGAGCAUCAUAGCAGCAGCUUCUGUUCCAGUUCAGGGUGGAUUACGUCUACAGAGCAGCAGGCCUCCAUCUGAAGUCCGCUUCUGAUCAGGACACCAUAGAGAAAGAUUAAUAUACUUCACCCUGUUGCUGGAGGUAGCCAUUUAUUCUGUCGUUCCACUGGAAGCUGGUGUGGUGUGGUCCCCCGUGGAGGGACCGCUGUUGCAAAGGAUGACUCACUUGCAGGCUGGCCUCUCUCCAGAGACCCUGGAGAAGGCCAAGGUGGAGCUGAAAGAAAACCCGGAGACUUUACACCAGGACAUCCAGGAGGUCCGGGACAUGAUCAUCACCAGGCCGGACAUCGGUUUCCUCAGGACAGAUGACGCGUUUAUUCUCAGAUUCCUCCGGGCGAGGAAAUUCAACCACUUCGAGGCGUUCCGGCUGCUGGCACAGUAUUUUGAGUACCGACAGCAGAAUCUGGACAUGUUCAAGAACCUGAAAGCCACCGACCCCGGUAUCAAGCAAGCCCUAAAGGACGGUUUCCCCGGUGUGCUCGCCAAUCUGGACAGAUACGGCAGGAAAAUACUGGUCCUGUUCGCAGCCAACUGGGACCAGAGCAGGUACACAUUCGUGGACAUACUGAGGGCUAUCUUGCUGUCACUGGAGUCCAUGAUCGAGGAUCCGGAGCUGCAGGUCAACGGCUUCAUCCUCAUCAUCGACUGGAGCAACUUCACCUUCAAGCAGGCGUCCAAACUGACUCCCAGCAUGCUGCGGCUGGCCAUCGAGGGGCUGCAGGACAGUUUUCCUGCCAGGUUUGGAGGGAUCCACUUUGUGAACCAGCCCUGGUACAUCCACGCGCUCUACACGGUCAUUCGGCCAUUCCUCAAAGACAAGACCAGAAAGAGGAUCUUCAUGCACGGUAACAACCUGAACAGCCUCCACCAGCUGAUCCACCCUGAGAUUUUGCCAUCGGAGCUCGGUGGGAUGAUGCCCCCUUACGAUAUGGGGACGUGGGCGAGGACGCUGCUGGACCACGCCUACGAUGAGGAAACUGACUACUGCCCGGAGUCCUACACUCUGUCAGUACAAGACCUGGAGAGAGACCUGGAGAAGAACCUGUCCCCCAAAACCAUGAAGAGGUCUCAGUCGGUGGUGGAGCCUGGCGUCCUGAAACGACCAGACAAGGUCAAGAGUGAAGAAGACAACAUGCAGCCGCUGCUCUCGCUGGACUAAACCACACGCCAAACAGCAGCUCCAAACAAUACCCAAAUCAAUAUUUAUACACAUAAAUCCACUAAUAGACACACCUGUGCACAUUCUGUAAGUGACAUGCACGCCCUCUAACACUUUCCUCCAGAAAAUGCUGCAGCAGUUGUUGGAUUCUUGUUUCUCUUAAACUCAAGGAAAUCAGAUGAGGUGAUAGGAAGACGGUGAGCAGCCAGGGAGGGGAUUGAUGCUUCCUCAGACCGAUGGGCAGCCUGGGAGCUACUGAUGGUGUUCUAUAUAUUUAUUUAUUUAGUUAUUUGUCAAGUGCCAAUUGCAAAAACCAUAAAAUAAUGUCUUGAAACAAUCCAGUGGACAAAUGCAAAGAGACAAAGUUGUGGAGUCGCCAUAUGUGUGUGUUAUGUAGUAUAUCAGUGGAGGGUUUGAAAAACUGGAGACCAUCCUUCAAGGAGGACUCGAGGGGCCACAAUCCCGAGCUGCACUUUCUCUCUUCUUUGUUCUUUGUUCUUUGUGACUUGAGGAAAUCACCCUGUGUGGGC